UCUCUAUAUUGGCGUUUACCUAUAAAUAUGGGUAUCCCAAAAAUCCAAUAGAAGCAGAGCAAAUAUUAAGCUAAAAAAUGAGUAGUUCCUUGAAUCCUCGUUACUACCGCACAGCCAAAGUCGAAGAAAUUGAGAAAAAAACAGAAAGGCCGAUGGAGUAUUUCACCAGAGAGAAACAGAGGCCUAAUUCAACAAAUAUGAGGAAGCCGCCAGCAUCGGAGCCAAGGAAGCUGGAGAGUAAGCUAUCGGAAGACAUAAAUGAAAGUGCAGAGAAUUUCAUAAAGAAGUUUAAGCAACAGCUGCUUCUCCAGAGGCUUGAGUCCAUUGAGAACUAUGAGCAAAUGCUUAAGAGGGGAACAUAGCGAGCUCCGUUUCGUUUCCUCUUCUUUUUUUACCUCAAAAUUUUCGCGUGUGUUAUGUAUGAAUUAUUUCAUUGUAUUGCAAUGUGUCUGUGGUACUCUAUAUAUGUCAAUCAGUAUGUCAUAAUUAUAAAUAACAUGUAAGAUAUGAAAACUUAUUAUUAACUCUGGUGAAUUUGCCUUC